UUGCUAUAUGUUUGCACGCAGGCAUGAUACAAGAGACUUGAGUUCAGAAAUAUUGAUCGAAGGUGAUAUGAUGAGAUGAUGCUUACAAAGACAAAACUUUUCGUGUACUAUUUUUUUAAAAUAUGUGUUAAUUGAAAUAUUUUGAUGUAGACGGAGUUACCUGCGUGGAAAUAUCUACUUCCGUAAGACUGACUUCCGGUUUGAAAGAGCAGACAAUGUUGUGACAUAAAAUCAAUUCGUCGAUGCUGGUUAGACAUUGUGUUAUCAACCACACCAGGGACCUUUUUGUAAAACAAAUUGGACCAGUAAUGUUAUGUCUUGAUUUAUUCAGGUAUAAAUUCAUUGAAUACCAGUAAUUUCCCAAUACUUCAUGGCUGACGAAGUACACGGAUCCUUCUUCCCAUGGCAGAUCGUUGCAUAUUAUCUUAGAUGUAUUAAACUGAGACACAUAAGUUUUACUUACGCUUCUUUGCUUUCAUAGCUACGUGUUUGGGACAAAUAAAUACUGUUUAUUCCCACCUUGAGAUCUUAUAUGUGUCUCGUAUUUUAAACAAAACCUGAAGACAAUUCACGUUUAAUGGCCAACGCGCGAUCAGACUACGAACUGGAUGGGAAAGAUGAUGCGGACUCCUCCCAUAAUGUUGGCAAGUCGGCAGCUAAUGGCUUUUCACCAGUGCAAGCUGAUCGCUAUGGGUUUUUUGGGGGCAAUCAGUACACGGACCCAAAUGAAGAAAGAAGGAUACCGUCAGAAGUAUUGAGAAAGAGAGAGCUCAAGUGGCUUGAUAUGUUUGAGAACUGGGAAAAGUGGAUGAGUAAACGAUUUAAAAAGGUCAAAGAUCGUUGUAGAAAGGGCAUUCCACCAGCUCUACGUGCACGUGCUUGGCAGUAUUUAUGUGGAAGUAAAUUCCAAAUGGAUCACAAUAAAGGCAAAUUUGAGGAAUAUCUACAGAGUCCUGGGGACCCCAAGAACAAUGAUGACAUCACCAAAGACUUGCAUCGUCAAUUUCCUAAUCAUGAAAUGUUUUUAUCAAAAGGUGGCCAUGGUCAGAUGGAUCUGUUCAAUGUUUUGAAGGCCUACACCAUUCACAACCCCCAUGAUGGCUACUGCCAGGCACAAGCACCAAUAGCAGCAGUACUACUUAUGCACAUGCCUGCUGAACAAGCCUUUUGGUGCCUUGUGGCAAUUUGUGAGAAAUAUCUCACGAGUUACUACAGUCCUGGUCUUGAAGCCAUACAGAUUGAUGGGGAGGUGUUGUUUGGUCUCCUGAAAAAAACUUCACCUGCACUUUAUAAACACUUGAAAAAGCAGCAUGUGGAGCCAAUCAUGUAUAUGACAGAGUGGUUCAUGUGUAUAUUUACUCGAAAUCUCCCUUGGAGCUGUGUGCUGCGUCUUUGGGACAUGUUUCUUUGUGAAGGAGUAAAAGUGUUAUUCCGUGUGGCCCUUUUUAUGAUGAAGACAGCACUUGGCACACCAGAAAAACUUAGUGAAUGUCCAUCAUUCCAUGAAACACUGGAAAAACUGAGGAUGAGACAACUGCCUUCUGAACUGCAGGAUGAAGAAUUUUUAGUUAAAGAGUCUUUACGGCUUAAUCUAACAGAGAGAGAUAUGGAGAAGGAGCAUCAGAAACAAGUUGCACGGCGCAAGACAGCCACCAAGGAGAAAGGUGGCAAAGGGGAUCUAUCCAGAAAGAAAAAAACAUAGUAGACAGCUUAUGGAAUCAAAAUGAAAUUAUCCAGGAUCUUUUUUGCAAUGUACAAAGUUGUAUAUUUUUUCAAACGUGUGCAAGGUCAUUCCAGCUAGUGUGGGUCUGCAGCAUGGAUUGAGGGGGACAUUUGUUUGUUCAGGACAAGUUUCUACAGUUUCUGUACUCCUUCCAUGCAUGAAAGCUGUUAUCACAAGGUGACAGAUCAACACAGUAUCUGCUUUGGUCAUUGCUUGUUCAUGUUGUUUGUUGAUCUUCAGAAUAAGUUUCUACAGUUUCUGGACUCCUUCCAUAUAUGAAAGCUGCUAUCACAAGGUGACAAAUCAACACAAGUAUCUGUUUCGGUCAUUGCUUAUUAGUGUUUGUUUCCACUAUCAUCAUGCUUGUGAAGAGAGAGCUUUUCAGUCCGCAUUCAUCAGUCUGGGAUUUGUCCAGUGGAUUUGUCUUAUUUGUAUUACUAUAACUGAGUUUUCUUGCUGUCUAAGAGAAACACUUUGUUUCGUUGUAGGUUUAAUUUAAUAUCUGUGUUGAAUGUAGUGUACUAUUUACAGUCUUUAACUUUGGUUUUUAUAGCAUUUUUGUGAUGCUAUUAAUGCUGAAUUAAGAAAAUAACCAAGGGUUUGCCCUUCAGACAUUAGUUUUAACGUGUUAUCCUAAAUGUUUUAGUAGACGAAAGAUAUAUAGUCAUUGAUUUAAUUUUGUCUUAUCAUAAAACAUUUAUUUAAUGUGUCCAGACUGAACGAACAUGAUUGGUAAGUAUGAACAGUCCUUCAUUGGGUUUUUGAACACUUGUUAAGUGCAUUGUAAUUAGUACUGAUUCUCAGCUAGUUAUCUUCAUAAUGUUAAAUUUUGUGUUGUAAUUAGUACUGAUUCUCAGCUAGUUAUCAUCACCAUUUUAAAUGAUGUGUUGAUCAUUAUUGGUACAUACUGACUUUGUAAACUAUGUGCCAGAGUAUACGAACGAUAUGCUGGACUUACUCAACUUGAUCAUGAGUGGCAUGAAGAUUGAAAGAAAAGAAGUAUUCAUCAUUGUUGACAGUGACAGUUUCCAAAUGCUUUACUGAGGGGUUUGACCAAAGGAUUAUCUUAACAGUCCAUAAUAGCUGUUCUGCAAGUGCUUAAGCCCUGUUGCAUAUUGCCAUAAAACUCUUUCUAAUCACUCUUCUUUGCCAGUUCUUUGCGGCACCAGCCACAGUUUUGCCACCUCUGAAUAGUUUUGAACCAGGAGUCUAGAAAACUGCAUAAUCACCUGAUGUAGAGAUAUUUUCUGUUGGCAAAGUGUUUUAUAGCUGCAUUCAUUGCUCACUUUGCUCCUCUAUCUGGGCAGAGUUUUUUUUUCAAAACUGACAAAAUUUUGCUAGACAUUAAACUUCAAGCUGGGAUUUAAACACUUCCAAUGGGACUGAAAACAAUUCACACAGUCACACUUCAGUAUUUUUCUUUAUUUUCAAAACAAAUUGGAGUUGGAAAUAAACCAUUGGGAAAUAUUCCCUAUUGUAGCCUUACAAUGUGAUAGCAUUUAACAAUAGUCUCAACAUUUUCAAGCUCCUCUGCAAAUAGCAGUAACAAACCAUGUAGCUCUUCAUAUGCAUAUAAUAUAAUAAUGCCUACCAGGUUCUGUCAAUACUCCCUAAUAUAACAUAAUAAUACCAAGUUCUGUCAAUACUCCCUAAUAUGACAUUUGUAAAUAAAUUAGUUUUCUAUGUGUAGUUUCAGAGAUUGGCCUUUCUUCUUUGAUUGGGUUCUGAAGUGUGGGAAUAAUGGAACAAUAUCUAGUCAAUUGUCUAUUUAAGUUUAAUAUAGCUUGAUAUUGUAUGUUAGACUCGUUCAUCUUGACAAACAUGUAUCUUAUCUAUGAGCAAAGUUAAUACUUUAUUUGAGUUUAAUUUUUGUUUAAGUGAUGGAUAGUAUGACUUUUGCUGUUAAAAAAAUCCAGGCAAUGAUGAAAGGUGACUUGUAUGUAGACUAUUAUUUAUUGCUAAUUUAGUGCUUUGUUUGUAUUUGCUUUUUCAUUUUAAUUUAGACAGGACCAAGAAUGAAAAGUGUAUAAAGUAUAGCGUGAUGAGAGCUUUUGCUUGCAUGUUGAGGAUGACCAGAAUAAACAUUUGAGAUUGACCUCUAUAGUUUAAGAUGGAACUGUAUGUGCUUGAAAUAUUUGAGUACGGAAUGCAGGUUGCACAGUCUUGGAAAGAGAAUACUUAUUUGCUGGUUUGUAGUGAGCCUGUCAAGUUAGAUAAUUAGUAGAGAGCUGAACACUUCCUGUCAUCACCUGAAGAACUAAAGCCACCUAGUGCAGUCUUCGCAUACUAAACAACUCAGAGGUGAACAACUUUAUUAAGAUUUGUUUGUUGUUUCACUGUUUAAGUGGCUUUUAGUUGCCUAGAACCUCAUCCCAACAAACUAAAAUAAUGUAGUAAAUUACCAUUCUUUUUCAUCACAUCUUCCAGAGAAGUCAGGAGAAGUAACAAUGCUGUGUCAGUAAGAGGCUGCUUCAUAUCAGUAAAUUUCAAUAAAAGAAUGGUUAAAAUUAAAGGCGAACAUUUUUGUUAUAAUAUUUGCUUUUAGGCUAAACAGUUUGUUUAAACUGCAGAUGAAACAAUGACCAAUGUUAGGAGUUGCUACGUGAUAUAUCUUAUUUAAAGGAGUUUUUUUUUUAAUGCCUUUUAGUUGUAACCAAAAUCUAUUUAUACAGAUUUAUUGUUUCAGGGUUGCAGCCUUUAUAAGACCAAUCUUAUAUUUAUAUGAGGUUGCUUUUUGUAUGAUACCGUUUUAAACAACCAUUUGAAAGCAUUUUAUUUGUUUUGAUCAUGCAUGUAUCUGGAUAGUAAUAUUAAAGGUUACAGUUUGAUUAUUGAUGAUCACACUAACAUCAAAACAAUUUAGCAAUCUUAUGUUAACUGCACAACUUUGGGCACAAAGAUCUAUAACCAGUAUUAGAGAAUCACUUAUCAGCAUUAUCUAAUUAUUAUCCAAUUAUAGACUUGUUAAUUUUAGUCUUAAAGGCAUGCAAUUAAGCACAGUUUGCUACUGUAUCUUUUAUUUAUGCUAGAAAGCACUUUGUAACACAAACUAAGAGUACAUUAUAUAAAUCAGUGGUUCUCAAACUUUUUCGGACCGCGGAUCACUUUACUUAAGUAAAAGCUAUGGCGGACCACCAAGGCCUUAGUAAAAAAUAUGGCGGACCACCAAAGCCUUAGUAAAAAAUAUGGCGGACCACCAAGGCCUAAAAAUCAGUCUGUACUAUGAAUUUCAAAUUUAAUUUGCCGCAUUUGUUUCAUUUUAAUUCAAAACUAAAUGUUCUUUUGUAAAAGUAGUAUAGUAAUAAAUUGACAUAAAGCUACGUACCUCAUUCUUUGUAAUUAAAAUGUUAAUGCGAGGAAUGCAUCACUUUGUUUAAAGUUUAAACAUCACUUUGCUGACAUAUGACGACUGUCAGCCGCGGAUCACCUGACUUAUGCCCGCGGACCACACUUUGAGAACCACUAAUAUAAAUACCUUUUACAUGGCAUUAUUGCCCAUUGCCACAAGUUUCUAUCACAGAUAUUUCUAUGGUUUAUGUUUAACUUCCAACUCUUUAGGAGAGCAUAAGGUGACCAGACGUCCCGCUUUUGACCUCGUGUCCCGCCUGCUCAUCGGGCGGGACGCCCAAUGUCCCGCUUUCUGGCUUUCUGGCAAGUCCAUCAAAUGUCCCAGUUGUCUUUAAAAGUCACUUUUUUCGGCGUUCUUUGACGGUGACGACACCAUCAUUGGCACGUGUCCCGCUUUCGCCCCCCCGAAAUGUCUGGUCACCUUAGGAGAGCACCACUAUGAAAUAUUUAUUGGAAUAAACAUUAUGAGUUGUUUUGAAUUAGAUAAGCAGUUUCUAACCAAAUUCAUUUGGCUUCUGGCAGCACAAUCUUGUAGUAUUGGCUGAGCUUGAAAAAAUAUAGAUAAGUUUUAUAUGUAAUUAUCAAAUAAAGUUGUAUAAAUUAAAAUAGUGUAGAAUGAUUUUUUUUUUAAAGGGGUAACUGAAAUUUUUGUUGAGAAUUUAUGUACUUAUGUUUUCGCACCAUCCCAUAUAUAUUAUUCAGUAACAACUCAUCUGAUUUUUUUCAGAGUAAAAUUUAGUGCAUGUGCUAGUAUAUCACUGCUGCAUUAGAAAAGAAGGGAGAAUUUUUUACUUUACAGUAUCAUGCCAAACCUUGAUUACUUAUCUGAUUAAACAUAAAACAGUCAUUUAUAUGGACAGUGAUUAUAGUAGCUGUUUAUAUGUAAAUUUUAAAGUUAUUCUAAUGUUAUUAUAGACUGAAUUUUCUUUAACUUUCUCCUGAUAUUACUGGAGUUUGUUUAAUAUUCUUCAUUGAUUUUUGAUUAACUUUUCACCACUGUUCAUCAGGUGGUUUUUUUUUUUUCGGGAAAGGGUUGCAUGGUUGUGAGGGUUGGUCCUUAAAUGAAGCUUUGCAUUACAGGACUGUCAAAGGAAGGACAAGUGUUGAAGUGAGGAUGAAUUGUAUUUAUAAAGUACCCAUUCCCCAGAACCAGCCAGGUUCAUAGCCCUAUACACACAGGUACACACAAUAUUAGAAACACUGAGCGACAUCACAUGAAGAAUGUGACAGUCACACUUCAAACACACACGCAAAGGUACACACAAUAUUUAGAAACACUGAGAGACAUCACAUAAAGUUACUGAAGUUUGGAAUGCAAAUAUAUAAACAUAUUCUAGUGAGGGAAGGAGUACUUUUGUUUCUUACUCAUUAUGUUGUGAACGCUAUCUCCCUGAAGGUGAGGAGAUGAAUAAUCACUGCAAAAUUCUGUUGUAUUUUGGCACAUUCAUUUUGAUGAAAUUUAGCAACUGCAUUUUCAUGCCACAUUAAUACACUUGAUGUUAUCAUCAUUCGCAUGAUCAUUUUUUUAAAAUGAAUUUGUCAUAUAUUCUUUGUAGCUUUACACCUAGAAGACAAUAGUGUUGAAAUGUGCUUCAGCAAACUUCUUUGCUUUGUGGAAAGAAGCAUCUAUUGUUAGGAUGUUGAUAAAGCAAGAGACACCUAUUGUAAAAGAUAUUGAAAUUUUAUUAUCAAUUAGACAUAAAAGAUAUUGAUCUUUUAUAUUAUAAAGUAGGCAUCAUAAAAGAUACUAAACUGUUAUAAUCAAGUAGACAUAAAAAAAACAAUUCCAUAUAUAUUUUUAACAGCACUUUUCACGGCAGUUUCAGGUGUCAAUUUGCAAACCAUAUACUGUGUUUGCAAUGUAGAUUUCUAUGUGCCGUGUGACUGGUAAGGUCUGUGCAAAUCAUGUUUUGCAGAGCUUCUUGAAAUAUAUAUAUAGAUCUUCAAGUAAAUGAUGCAGAGGAGCAUAUACUAACUGUAACCCAUAUAUAUUUUUUGACAGUAAUGUCAGUAAUGUUUGCCACCUUCUGACAUGGUUAAAAAUGUAUCUUAUCUAUCAUUUUUAGUUGGAAAAAGACCACAUGCUUUUUGCACCAUUGUGAUGAAUAAGGUAAGUUUUCAUGACUAAGUCAUGGACAUAAAUUCAAAUAAAAUUUCCUAUAGCUUUACAGUGGACAAAUUACAGCAGAUUAAAUUUAUAAACCAUGCAUAGCUCCUUCUUAAGGUUAAAAAGGCAUAAUAGUGAUUUAGCAUACUACCAGAUCCAAAGAGCUCUGGAUAAGUGUCAGCAGGUUAGAUAUUCUAGUUAAUUUAAUACCAAGCUGAAAACAUAAUACUGUAUGUAUUUGAAGGACAAAACUUUAAUUACAAAAAAGAUUUGUAUUUCUUUCAAGUUUGUGAUUUUCAAUUUUGUUUAAAGAAUUGGUUCCUUAGACGAUAAUUACAGCAAGCUUUUAUCGAUCAUUGCUUCAUUCAUUGCCUUGGUUGGUUAGGAGAUUUGUGCCUGUACUGGUUGCUAGGGGAAGCACUUGAAUUGAUGUGGCAUCUGCCAAAGCCUGCCACUUAGGCCUGUCCUGGUGAGCAGAUCCAGAAUGAGAUGACAGGUUCACUCCUUGAAGUUGGUAAGACAGUUCUUCCUCUAACAACCUUGACCUCCUUCAAAGGAGAACAGUCUUAGAGUGUUGUGCCAGGUCACAUGGCCAAACCAGACCAUCUUAUGGUGGUUGAUGUUGCAAGUAGGUGUUCGCCUCCUCAAGUUGUAAUCCGUUUGUGUAGAACUCUGCUUUGUUGCUGCUGUUGGUGUUAAUUAUGACUUUGCUGUUGUGAGUGCUGGUCUCCAUUCUAUUUGCAUUUGCACUGUCAGUCUGUUGGUAAGAUUUGCAAUUGGUUUCUGACAUCGGAUUAGUGUCUGCAAAGUGUAGGUUCUAUAUCAGCCUCCCAUUGACAGAAGUGUGAUGGUUGUGAAGGGUUUCUUGCUUGAUGUUCUCCAAGAAGAUGUUGAACAGUAAAGAGAAAAAAGGUAACCGUUGACCUAUGACUACUGUUGAGCUAAAGAAAACUACUGCUUGGUUUUUGAGUAGUUUUGCACUCAUUUAGCUCUUCUUGAGGUCCUCCUCGAUGUUGAAGUAUUGCAUCACAAGCCAUAGCCUCUUGUACUAGAUUCUUUCAGAUGCAUUUUUAGUGUCAAAGUUGUGGUAGAGUUCCUACUGGUAUUGUAGAUUUUCUUUUUUUUUAUCAGGAUGCAACAGUUAAAGAUCUGUUCAACUGUGCUCCUGCCUGGUCUGAAGCAGCCUGUUUUUCUGCUAGAAGUUCCUCAGCAGUGGUGUUGAUAUGAUCCUCAAUUACUUUUGUCAUCACUUUUCUUGGGUGGUUGGUUAGUCUGAUCAUUCUGUAGUUUUAGCACCGUCUGCUGUUUCUUUGGACAUGGUAUGGCUAGUGAUUGCAUCCACACUUUUGGCCAUUCUUUUCACACCCAGAUUCUUUAGCACCUGUAGGUUCCUUUGUUUCUUCUCCAUCCUGCUUGAGUAUCUCAGCCUAUGGGUGUACAGCUGAUGACGGCUUAAACUACAUCUGUGUACAAGGAAUUUGAUGCUAUAUAGGUGCAAAAAAACACCUUUUCUUGGUAGCCAUCAAAUGCACUGUUUACUUCCCCCACUCCCACAGGGCGGUCUGGUGGUGCAACAGUUAGCGCCUGUCACCAAUACAGUGAGGGUUGGCUGUCCUGGGUUCAGCUCUUGUCUUGGGCAAGCUGUUCUUUCUCUGCAUGUGGCGUCUGUGCCUUGCCGUGAUAUAGCCUUAGUUGCUGGCUCAGCAUAAAACACCAAUUCUCCCCCACCCACCCCCACCACAUACCGCGCGCACGCACGCACACAGGGUGACGGAAAUUGGAGUACCCAGAGCAAACUAUCAAUUGUUAGGUCUGUGAACAAGUGUUACAUUCAGAGAGUGAUUGUGUUGAAGCCAAGAUUUGAAUCCAUGGCAUCUGAUGUUUCACAACACUUUCAUGAAAUUUGUUUUGAAAAACAACUAAGUUUUUUACUUUUAAACUCAAAGAUAUAAUAGUCUAACUUUGUCAUGCAUGUUUUCAAAAUUUUGUUUUUGUUGUAUGUAUGUAGUUGUUAAAAUCAAACCAUUUGUUAUUCAUUCGGAAAGUGUGAAAAAAAUCUCAGCUUUAAAGUUGGGUCAGGGUGUGUUUCAUAGUUUCAUGUGUAUUUGGGUUAAAUAUAUCAUUCAUAACAAUAUUUAAUUUCUCGGUAUGUGUUUUCUGUUUGUUUCUCGAAAUAAAACUAAACUCAUUAAAAAUGCCCUUACAAGUAUUUGAAAUUGUUGACACAUUUAGAACUGUCCUGCUAUUGUGUCUAAUCUUGGUUUAGGAGUUCAGGGGAUUGUCUUGCUUUCACUGGAAACAGUAACAAUUUUGUAUUAUAAUUUUAUGGAGAAACAUUGGCAUUCUUAUGUCAACAUAUUCUCCAAAUUUAUCAUAAUGUUCACUCCAAAACACCAGUUGUGCUGCCUGUUGAAAUUUGUGUAAUAUGUAGACUUGCUGAAGGUGAAAGUCAUGCUUGAGUGGCUUAUCAUUGUUGUAUUACCAUAAAGAUACUGCUAUGAAACACUUUUGAAAUUUGUGUGAUAUAUUCGUCAAAGGUGGUCAAGCUUGAAUGGCUUCUUGUUGUGUUACUGCAAUGAUGGUGGUGUAAAACCCUGCUUGUUAGUAGUAAAAUGUUUUAACAGUUCAUUUUCAUUAACCUUUUCGCACCUUUUUCAUGCUGUUUAAAAGAAGUUUUGAGAAAUUUAUCAGUACGUAUCAGAAAUGCCCUCUCACUGUUUUACAUUUGAAAUAAAUGUUCUGCAAAUAAAGUGGCAAAUGUGCUACUUUUCGUACAAAAAAGCAUGUAAUUAAACAAAGAUGAAUGACGGCAAGCACAUCCCUGCUAAGGACAAAAUAUGGGAGGUGAGAAAAUUGUUUCACUUGUAGUAUUGUAGUCCGGAAGGUCAUUUGACUUGAUCCUGCGAUAACUCCUUUUUGCUGAAUGUGUGCUUUGCCAUACAGAUUUUCACAUAUUUCUCCUGCCUAAUUUCAAGGCAAAUGUAUUACAGAACUUAUUGAUAUGAUUUCAAGGAACAUGUAUUAAAUACAGCUCUAUGCUACACUGGGGGAGAAUAGGAACAAGAAGAAUGUCUUAAAUAACUUAUUGAUAUGAUUUUUGCAUGUGGGAUGGAUGGGGGCAGAGGGUUUGGAGAACAGUUUUAAAUUUGUGCUUUCCUUAAUUUUUGUUAACUGAUAUUGUAUCUAAUUAAAAUGAAUCAAGUUAAUGCAACUAAUGUUCCAUGAAGCUGAUUACACCUUGAUUGCAAGAUUACACAAUUAAGUGUGGGCACUUAGAUUUUUAUAGGAGAACCGUGGUUUUUGUUAAUUUUACAAAAGAAUUGCUGCUUUACAUAUUUUGUGUUUGCUUAAGAGAUAGGAGGGGUUGGUAAUUAUCUUUUAUAAUUAGUAACAAGUUAUACCUUGUGGAUAAUGUUUUCUUCAGAUGUGUUAAAAUUGCAUUUUUGAUGGGUUUUUUCCUUAUUGCCUGUUUUGCUUUUUAUGUUCAUGUUGGCAGUUGCUGCAGGACAGAUUUGCAGAAAUCAAAGAAAUGUGCAUGUUUCCAAAUUCUGUUGAUAUGUAUCUGAGAUUUUGUUUGGGUAUAGACACUGCUGUUGGUUGUAUCAUGUAUCAUGAAGAUACUAUUAGAAGUAUUGUGUAUCAUGACGAUACUAUUUGGAGGUGUCUUUAUAAGCAUGAGCAGUUAGUGCUACUUGCCUUAAGUGUACUCAUUUUCUCUAUUUGGAAAAAAUCAGGCUAAAAACUUUUAGUGUUUAUAUGGCUAUGUAUGAAUGUUUUCUGCUAAAAGUGUCAAGAGUGUUUAUAUAUGGCUAUAUAUGUUUUCUGCUAAAAUGUGACAGGUUGAUCUCACUGCAAGCUGAACAAAGUGACUUGAUAUUUAAGAACAAGAGAGUAAAAUGCUUGAUUUUAUUUUGGUUCUUAUGCUGGAUAUUAUGAUCAUGCCAUGCAUAUCAUUUUUAUCUUUAUCUUUUCAUAACUUUGCAGUUACCAUGUUACUUAGUACUCAUGAAAACCACUGGGCAACAACCUAUUUAAAAUGCGCUUGCUUUUAACUAUUAGAAUGAAAGGUGUGGAUGAUGGAUGAGAGACUACAAAAUGAAAUUCCUCAGAGAAAGAUUCAAAUAUUUAACUUAUUGAAACAUACAAAAAGGUAAAUGUUAGCAGUAAGGCAGAUAGUUUAUCUGAAAAGGAUAUGUAACCAGUGAGGUAGAAAGUAUCUGCUAGCAAGUAAAUCUAUUGUAUGUUAAGAUCUCUAAGACACGACAUAAAGUAGUUUAUUUUACUCACAACAACACUAUAUCAGGGAAUAUUUAACUGUUUGUAUCAAAAGCUUGAAGAAUUUGCAUUGUUAAAAGAUAACAAAUUGUGAUUUCCUUAGCUACACUAAUGCAGCCAUGUAGAAAAUCUUAAUAUUUUUAGCAUUCAUCAGAUAACAUGUCUGUAUUUAAAGCAAGGUUAAGUUCAUCAUGUGAAAUGUACAUUUGAAUGUACAUGCAUACAACUGUAAAAAAAAUAUUUCUGAAUGAGUGAAAUAUUAGAAUUGUUUAUUUUUAAUUUCAUGAAAGUCUCCAAACAUUCCUAAUGCUUAAGACAUCCUAAGAACAGAACUAAGCUUAUUUUUUAUACAUGAUUGACAAAUUAAUUUGGCACACGCAGUGGGUAGCUACUAUCAACUCACAUUUCCUAAUUUCCUUAAGUACACUGCAAUAUUCCAUCAGUUCAAAUUGUGACUUGUCUCAUGCCGUUGGACUUUGCUGUCAAGAUAAAUGUCCUUGUUUCCUAUUUCACAAGAUUCCACAUAUGAGGUGUAUGUUAAUGUUCAUAUCUGCAUCAACAAUUAUUAAAUAAGUUGAUAAUCAUGUA